AUGGAUUCAGCCGGACCACCUAAAUUCAAGCCCUUUCCUAACUAUUAUAAGAUGAGGGCUGCUUAACUUCCAGACACUGAAUGGCUUUGCAAUUUGUGUAGAAAAAAGUGUUCGACUAAGGAUUUUAGUGAGACUUUAUAUUUUUGUAGAGUCUGCAAAAAUUAUGAAUGCAUUGGUUGUAAAUCCAAAGAUGUCUGCAAAACACCAGAAGAAAUAGAAGCUGAAGCAAAGAAAAAGAAAGAGGAAGAAGAAAGAAAAAGACUUGAAGAAGAGGCUGAAAAAGCAAGGAAACAAGCUGAAGAGGAUGCCAUUAGAGAAGCUGCUGAGGAAGAAGCCAGAAGAUAAGCUGCUGAGGAAGAAGCCAGAAGAUUGGCUGAAGAACAAGAGAGAUUAAGAUAAGCUCAAGCCGCCGCGGAUGAAGAGACUCGGUUAGCAGCUGAGGUUGCACUUGCCAGAAUGUUAGAGGAGCAACAAUAAUAAGAAGCUGAAAUGAAAUUUCAGAGAGAAUAGCAAAGAUAUGCCUUUGUUGCUAACGAUAAUUCUAAGCUGAAAAAUGGUGAUCCGCUAAUUAAAAUAUCCAAAAAAUUUAAAUAAAUUUCUGAGAAAAUUAAUGGAAAAUUUAAUCUUUGUGACUGUGGAGUCAGAAAGAUUCUAUUGAAAAGUACAUUUAAAGAAUGCUAAAAGAAAUAUCAAUUCAAAAUAAUAGAGGGCAAGGUUAAAACUUAGUGCUUCUUUAACAACAUUUUUGAUUUAGUGCAUAGCACUUCGACAAUGGAUAAUGAUAAUCAAACUUUCAUUUGCCCUAAAUGCAAUACCAUCACAUGCUUUGACUGUGAGGAGCAGGCUUAAGUAGAAUUUACUUUCUAUAUUGACUAUUUCAACAAAAACUAGAAGUUUAUGAAGCAGCAUGAAUUGGAUUUACACAGGGCUUCCCUAAAAAUAAAUGCUUGUUGUACUGAAAAUACCAUGAAAUAAACUUUAAGGCCGGAUAUUAACAACGAUUAAUGCAACAUUGACCUUUACUAAUAGGGUUAUAUUCGUUGUUCAACUGGACUAGAUACAUGCCUUGUUUACUCAGCGAAAAACGAUGAUGAAGUGUUCUAUUACAAACCAAAUUCAAGUUCUGUUUUGUGCUCAAAUUGUGUAACCAAAAAAUAGAAUGAUAGGAUUUAUCUCAAUGUUUAAAAUCUUACUUUCAAGAAUGUAAUUUAAGAUCCCUUGCUAAGACGGCUAGUAGAUUUUGCAUCCAUAUUGGACGAAUGUGCGAGCUGUUCUUUCAACGAUAAUUUGGAACUUAAAGAAAAUGAAUCACAAGAAGUUUCAGAACAUAAUGAAGAUGGCUAUCUUGCUGAUCCAGCCUCGAUUGCAUUAAAAGAAAGAAUUAAAAUUGACUUAAUAGUCGAAAUGCAAGCAUGCUUCAAUAUUUGCUCUUGUUUUCUUUACUAUAAAGAAAAAGGUGUUAAAACCAAAGGUAGUCCUUAAGUUUAAACAGUAUGCACUGGGAAAAACUUACAUAAAUAAAAGCAAUAAUAGCCGCAUACUACUCUCAAAGUAGAAGAUGAUAAUUUCGAUGUUUCAUAUUAUGUGUGUCAGCAAUUUGAUUCUUUUGUAGAAGAGAGUAAGGGUAUAUUAAGAAGAAAAGUUACUAUGCCUAAUCACUGCUGUUCUUUCAACAGCAUUUGGAAGCCAAAAAAUAAGGAACAGUAUGAUGUUUGUAGCAGAAGAAAGGAAGGUUGUGAUUUCCUUACCAUCGAUAAAAGUUCUUUCUUUAAGGGCUUUUGUUUAGAUAUAUAAACUGAUCUGCGCGAUGGAUAAUUUUAAUGCUGUGGUAUUCCCACUAUAAAGAUGGAUAUCAAUUAAUAUCUCCUUCAUAGGUAUGCCUAGUCUACUUUAGAAAUCACUGGAAUACAGUGUAUUGGCUAAAGUGACCCAGUAAAUGUUAGCUUUACUGUUGUGCAGGAUGCUAACGAGAAAAUGAAUUUACUUACAAAUGUAAAUGUGAUAAAAUUAAGAACAUAUUUACCCUAAACUAAGCCAUCGCCCUUCCAUGUUGGCAGCCUUUCUUUUUCUCUUUACGAUGGUCUCUUUUUGAAAACUACAUAUUACUAGCUCAAGAAAUAAUCACCCUAGAAAUUCAGUGCAAAUAAAUGGACUUGUGCUCUGAAGGGUGUCAAAGGAUGCCUUGAUAAACAAAAGUUUUGGAACUUUUCUUAUCGUCUUUAAGAAGCUGAAAACACGGACAUUAACCAUUGCAGUGAGUGCUCAUAUUCUACUUGUUAUUCUUGCGAUAGCCUUUAUCCUAAUAGUCAUCAACAUAAGAAAUAAGGAAAUCUACUUAAAGAUAUUAAAUCUAUGCACACAUAAAAAUUAGGUUUAAAUUCUUACUAUGAUAUUUAUGCAUUCUAAUGUGAUGGUGAGUAAGAAUAAACUGAUUGUAAAUAGAGUGAAAAUUUCUCAAGAGAUGAAAUCCUUUACUAUUCGGAAAGACACAACCUUUUUAUUUGUUCUGGAUGUGCUAAUAAGUACUCAAGUAAAGCAUUAGAUAAUCAAGAGACAGAGAAAUCAAAAUUAUAUUCUGAAAUCGUCAAGACGUGGUUUGGAGUAUUUGAAGAAAAUGAAGUUUAUACUAAAUUCUAUAUUAACAAAUUAGGCUUCAACGGAAACAAGAUAGUUGGUAGAGGAUCAUUGGAUUCAAAAUAAGUUUUAAUUACUGGAGAAAUGAAUGGAGAGCAAGUUAGACUUUAACUAGUUGUUGACUCCAAAGAAAUACUAACAUUCACUGGUGCAACUCGCUUGUUUUUAAAUGAAAUUUCUGGAAUCUGGACAUCAUCAAUUAGUAAAGGUAGGAUGUCAUUCUAUGCACUGGAUCCUAAAGACCCCAGAUAUGAAAAAUAAAUUCCUCCUCCACUCUAAAAUUACACCUGCCAUCCUCAUCCCCUAACGCGUGUUAAUUUUUAGAAGAAGACAAAAUACAAUUGCACAGGAUGCUAAGAUAGUGUAAAUGAAGCAUCUUAGUAUAAAUGUGGGCAAUGUAGAAUUGUCUACUGCUUCAAAUGUGUUGAUAAAUAUGAAUAUUUAUGCGCAGAUGCUCUCUCAUUUAUUAAAAAACCUGCCAAUUUACCUUGGAUAAAAUGUAAUAAGUGUAGAUAAGAAAUGUAAGAAUAUUGGUCAAAUGAAAAAAAUUUUGAUAUCUGCGAGCCUUGUAGCUUAAAGUAUAUUGGCUUGUUACAUUUAAAAGAGAAAGUAAUUUAAAAAGAAAAAUAACCCACACAUUGGUUUGGAUGGUUCUAAAAUGGUGAUCAAAGAAUUCCAUUUGAAUACACUAGCUUUUUUAUUAAUGGAGGCAUUAUUAGCGGAUCUGGAUAAGGAUCCACAAUCACAGGUACUAGAAGUUAUUCCGAUGUUUAAUUCACACAACUGAUGGAAAACGGAGCUUCUAUCUUAUUUAAAGGAAAGCUUGAAAAUGACAACAGAAUUCAAGGAGAAUGGUCAAAUAAUAACUCAAGCGGACUAUUUGUUAUCACAGAUGCUAUUCCUAAAGGGAAAAUUUGGAAAGGUUACUAUGAAUUUGCAGGAAAGUACUACGAUUUAACUUUUACUGGCAUCUCUGUAAUUAACAAUCAAAUUACUGGAAAGGGAGAGGAUCAUAUAGGUUAUCAUUAAAUUAGUGGUUCAGUCAUUGACGCUAAAAUUAUGAUUGAUCAGACUCUUUCAAAUGGAAAUGUUGUUAAAUACUAAGGGAUGAUAGAAGGAUCCUAAAACAAUGGUACAUGGACUUUAGGUGCCUAUUCUGGAGCUUAUGGACUUACAUACUAUUGA